UGUGGAUUCGGUCACCCAGGAAGGAUUGACCAUAAUACCAAUCGCAAGUGAGAGAGAGAAGAGAGAGGAGUAAGUAGUAGUCUGGAGAAAGAGAAUGGGAGUCAAUGGGGAUUCGAGCAGCAGCGGAGGAGCUCGUGGCGGUGGGUGUCUUUUCGCCAAGCAGGAUCCACCAUCAAGAGAAAAAAGAAGAACAAUUCAAUUGCUCUGUUCGUCUGGUGUAUUCCAAUCGAUCAAUGAAGGAAGGAAUGUAAAUCCUUCAAAAAUUCUUCCUCUUUGCAUCUCCACGGUACCUGGUGCCUUAAUUGAUCCUAACUCUCAGGAACGCGUGGAUACCAGAAGGUUGGAAACUAUCGAGACAAGCUAAACUUCGCCUUCGGGUGGAAAAUCAUGGCGGGAUUCGAUGAUCGAGCAUAGCAUCUCCACCCCGAAACUUCCAUCCACUAGACUAGACUACCAAAGACCAGCCA